GCGUUCACCAGUACCAGGGCUGUAUAUAAUGCAAACAUCAAUGCCAAUGUUGCUAGCGAACGAGCGCAUCAAAUUAUUCUUCUAUAUAACGUAUAGUAACAUCCAGACUUUAUUUUGUAUAGAUCAUGAGUAACGUUAAAGGACUGUGAGGAUACAGCGGCUGAAAUGAUGUGCAUCUUGAUUUAGCUGUUGUGAAGCUGGAGGCUUUAUGAGCAGUUUGUGAAGCUUGAGGCCUUUACCAGAAGUGAUACUUGAUUUUUGUAUAAAGUUGCAUAACUGAAGUUCAUAUAUGCACAGUGAAUGUCUGUAGGUUGUAAAGCUUGUAUGGUAUAAGCAAGUCUGUAAUAAUGCAGGUUUGACAUUGUAAUAAUACAAGUGUUGGAGUACGAUUGUGACAAUGCAGGUGUUGGGGUAAGAUAGUGACAAUGCAGGUGUUGGGGUAAGAUUGUGACAAUGCAGGUAUGGUUGGCAGAUUGUAGGGUGGUUGUCGGGUCGAGGCUGGACGUGUCUCGCAGCAGCAGGGUUUCCGGCAUCACCUCCGCCAUCAUUACCCUCAGCCUCCACACCACGCUUCCUUUAGACAACUUCACUCUCCACCUGUUCUUCAGCGACACCAAGCAACCUGUUGACAACUCUUCAAGCGAUCGUAAUAACAACUUCAACAGCUUUCUUAACGACACUAGCGACUUCGUCGAGAAAUCUAGCGAAUUCGUUAGUCACGCUUUCAAUGAUUCAUUCAAGUACUCAUCUAUUAGAUUCCUCUUUACCUCCUCCCACAAGACUGAUUCCUACUGGCAGAUGUUUGAAGUAUCGAAAGACAGCAUCGAUCAGACAACUCGCAGACUUCCCAUGGUGCUGUACCUCAGCAGGUUCCACAAGACCAUUCUGGUCCUCACUCCGGGGUCAACUGGUCUGAGAGUGUCUGAUGUCGACGGCGACGUCUGCUGGAGUCUGGCGCUGGGUCUGCCUGGCCACCACUUCUCUACCGUGCACUGGUGGCUUGAAUGUCCGGCCCGUAGUUACAUUGUCCUCCACACCUGUCUACCUGCAGGAGUGAUAUCGAGCAGCACCUGUAAUCCCAACCAAGAUUGUGGCUGCCUCGCCGGGUCAGACCACAGCCUGUCCGGGAGUGACCAUAUUUGCUCACACUUCAUAUGGGCUUGGAGUAUCGCUGGGAUUCUUGCUGUGUUGGUCGUCAUCGUAUGUGCCGACCGGUGCCGGAUAAGGGAUCCCAAUGUGGCGGCGACCAAGAGAGAAAAUGUCGCUUAUAGCCCCCAGUACCUCUAUAAUAAUCCUCCAGAAAGCCAACUGGCGGCAGCCAAUACCAAUCUAUCCAGGUCGACUGAUGACGAAAUGCACUGGUUUUAAUAGAAUUGAGGAAUGUCCGUGCUACUUGCUAGCCACAGCAAGUGGCUAGUGUCCACUCGGCCGGUCGGCCGAGUGGACAGCACGCGGGACUUGUGAUCCUGUGGUCCUGGGUUCGAUCCCAGGCGCCGGCGAGAAACAAUGGGCAGAGUUUCUUUCACCCUAUGCCCCUGUUACCUAGCAGU